UUUUAGGAUUUUUGGGUUUAGGGUUUUUGGGUUUAGGAUUUUAAAGUUUAGGGUUUUAGGGUUUAGGGUUUAGGGUUAGGCCUGCUAAUGAGCCGAGCCCGAUAAAAGCUCGGCUCGGGCUCGGCUCGUUAGUCAAACGAGCUCGAGCCCAAGCUCAAAAUAAGGCCCGUUUAAACUCGAGCCCGAGCAGCUCACGAGCCUAAACAGAGCUCGCGACUUAACCUGACUAAUUGAGUUUGGGAUCCGACGGUUGAGAUCAGUUCCAAACCCUGCAUCCGACGGUUGGCCCAACGCCCUCCUCUCCUACCAUUCGGUCCAUCCUCCUCAGUCCUCUCCCGACCCCGACUUGCUGCGGUGCUGCCCUAGCUCCUUCUUCCCCAGUCCCCACCUCCUCCUCCGUCUGUGGUCUGCCCUAGCUUUCGCUCUCCCCUCCCUCUCCGGCGGGGGCGACGAUUUUCCGACAAUUGAAGAAGAGCCGGAAGGGCUCGUUUGCGGGGAGCUCUAUGGGCGGUGCGGUGCUUCUCUUCUUUCUCACCGUCCUCCUCCUUGGCGACUCGGUAAGUUCUCUCUUUUUUCCUCACUUCUCCUCAUCGCGACAGGAAUCUGGUUCACCUCUUUGCUCCUCUAUCGUCAUCUCUUUGCUCCAUCAUCUCUCUGCUCCAUCUCUUUGCUCCUCUACCAAGAACCUGUGGUUUGCUAUUCUAAGGCCACUCAUGACGAUUCGAUUUAGAGAGAGAUCUAAGAAAUCUCUCUUGCAAGAAAUGUAGGGACAAUGAGACUUCUAACAUUGCAAAUGUGAAGGGGCUUCUUUUAUUUUCUUCUUGUUCAAAAUUUUGGGUAUGUUUGUGUUUCUGGGGUUGUAGGAAAUUGAUGCCUUCACUUUUUUUAACACGUUUUUUAUCGUUUAUUUUCGAUUUCCAGAACGAGAUUUGGAGGUUUUGGUGCGUAUAUUUUGUUGGUCUAUCGAGGGUUUUAUCUGCUUCUACUGAAUGUCCCGAUCUUGAUAGGAUUGCGGCUGAUCUUAGUGGUAUGGGAGGAAAAGCGAGACCUUUUUGGAGUUGGGUCAUCGAGCAGUGUUCGUCAGCUAUUCAUCUUCAUCUUUGUUUAGUUUAUUAUACCUUUUUAUAUGGCUGUUUAGAGAUGCUUAGCGUAAGCUGAUUUCAAUGGCAGAUCUGUUAACUCUCGUGCCAUGGAAUGAACAGUGCAGCUUUGUUAUGCAUAUGCCAUUGGUUUGAUGGCUGUGAUCGAAUACUGCCGGCUAUUUUAUAUACCGUUUUUCUUCAUGAAUUUGAACUGAUUGAAGUUGCUGGACUAGUUAGGUAAAUUGUGGAUUUGAUAGUGCUUAUACUUUUCUAAGGGAGUCUUGCCGCUGCCCACAACUGGUUGAUGAACAAAGUAUUGCUAUAUCAAAUAUAUUAGAUUUCAGAUUGUCUAGGGAUUCAUCUCUUUAAGAUUUGCUAUUCAACUCAGGUCAUGAAAGUGUCAUCUUGGAAUAGGUGAAGUUACCUAAGUGGUGAUGGAUAGGCAUAUCUUGAUCUAUGCACCUCUUAUUCAGUUCUUAAUUAUAUUCACAUAAUCUACCCUUUUGCCUUUUAUUGUCUGAAUACGGUCAGUCAAUGUUCUUGACUGUAAGGGACUUUUUACUAUUGUGUGUACAAGUUUUGAUUUGUACUGGAGAUUGGUUGCAUCAUGAGCUUGGAUUGGAGCAGUCAUCAAAUGUUGAUGAAGAGUUUAUGCAAUGGAACACAGAGACUGGUCUAAACUAGACUACUUGAGAACUUGAGAUCUAUUAUGUUUAUUGUAUUUCUUGAACUCUUUUGUAGAACUUGAUUUAUAUGGGAUGUUUUUUAGUUUGUUGGGGUUUCUGCUUUUAAAUUUUGACUUGCAGACAACUUGGAUUUGAGUCCCGGCAUCUAAUGGUGAGUAAAAUCUGCCUAGAUACUUUUUUCUUCACCAGAGGAGGUAAUUAUUCAGUUAUACCUCUUGCUGUACGAACUAUCUACUUGAAUAUAUUGAUAUAGCCUUCAUGAUAGGCAAGGUGCUGUAAAACUUUUAUGUUGCACAAGUGCCUGUACUUGCUUUGUCUAAUGCUCUAGGGACCAUCUUCCAGUUAUGUUAAAGUUGUAGGAUGCUUUCUUAUAACUUACGUCUUCAUUAUAUUUCUUUGAUAUUCAUAUGCUAUGAAUCUGCAACUAUGUAAACACUGCAACAUCCAGCUCCCAGCCUCACAUUAUUGCAACUUUAUUUAUUUUUUUCCCUUCAGGAACAAAUGAACAGGUCUCUGAUGGUAUGCCAAGACAAGUUUGAAGCAGCAAAACUUCAGCAGAUUAAAACAAGUGUCAUGAAUGACUUGGAGUCCUGUAUCAAUCAGGCUAUUGACGAGAAUAUAAAAACCCUUCCUCACAUUGUUGACCGUAUCAAGGUUAAGGAGUCUUUAGAUUCCUUGUUGUUUCUGCUGCAGAGUCCUACUGGUUCAUCAUCCAUGUCAGAAGGCAUUGUUCUAAGUGAAGACAAUGAAGAUGCAUUAUCCCUUUCAAAUGUUUGGAAGUUGAAAGAAGAUGAAAAAGCUGGCAAUCAAUACUUGCUCGAAGGAAUUGCUGAGAAGUUUGUGUGGGAGUGUCCUGAUUCUUCUCUUGACAGACGAUUGGUGCCAGCUUUAUCUGCAAGGAGGAAGCUGGCAACAGUAGAGGGCUCUGGUAGACGCACACGGGACAAUACCGGGUCUGAAGCUAUUGGAUCAAAUGUGCUUUCUCGAGGGUUGGGUGUAAACAAUGUUGCUUCUGGCCCUACUCGUAGAGAUACUUUUCGUCGGCGAAAGCCUAACACCAGCAGACCGCCUUCCAUGCAUGUUGAUGAUUAUGUUGCCAGAGAGAGAAAUAUUGAUGGUGCAAGUAGUGGAUCAAAUAUUGUUAGUUCUUCUCUGCGUGGGACAUCUAUGAGUGGAAGGCCUCCAUCAAUUCAUGUGGAUGAGUUUAUGGCCGGGCAAAGGGAGCGCCAAAAUCCCAUGGCUGUUGCAGUUGGAGAUCUGAUGAGAGACUGCCAUUCCCUCAACCUGACAAUAGUUUGCAGACUCCUCUCAUCACUGGGGAAAGUUCUCCAGGUUCAAUAGUUGAGGAGAUUGAAGGAGAUGUGAAUGAAAAUUCUCGAUUUUCUCAAUUAGGUGCGCCACCAGCAUCUGAAGAUGGAGGUUCCCACUCAGAUAUUCCUUUGAGACGGUCUAUUUCUCAGUCUGAAAUAUCAGCGGCUCAACAAUUUUCUUCAGAGAAAAACAUGAGAUUGACAGCAGCAGAUAAGCCAUCCUUCCGUGAGCAAUCUGAAGAGUCAAAAUAUGUUUCUCCUAUGGCAGGAUCAAAGGGUUUUGAUGCACAGCCCUCAGCAAAUCUUACUAGUUUUCCUUCACACUUCGUUGGUGUUUCUUCAUCUGUUCCACCGAUGCCCCCAUCUACGCUUUAUCAUAGGAACAGUCUCACAACCACAUUCUGAACAAGUUAUGCCAAUUCAACAAAGCUCUAUCCAAGUACAGGUUAAUCCCUUGCAGAUUCCACAGCAGCUCCAUAUUCCCCAGUUACAAUUUUAUUAUGAAACCCAACAGCAGGAGUCCCUUUUGCAACCUCUGCAGCCGAUGCUUGAGCAAGCUCAACUGCAAAAUUGUAGAUGAUGGAUUCUUUUAUCAUUUUUUUUAGAUUUUUGAAUUGAUUGGAUGUAUGGAGAACUGAAUGAAGGGAAGGAAGUUAGAUUUCCUUAUCGUUUUCAUCUUC